AUGACACGCCUAGUACAGGUGCUCCUUGCAGCUGGAGCCACUCUUGUCGGCCUCACCUCUGCGCAAUGCAACCUCACCCCGACCGCCAGUAUCGCUACCGCCAAUGGCGUCGAGUUCAAGCUACUACGUACCGGUCUGCAGCGUCCUCGGCACCUUGUUGUCGAUACCGAGGGCAAUCUCCUAAUCGCCGAGGCUGGCAGCAAGGGCGUGAGAAGGGUUGUCCUCGAUGAUGGUAAAGACCUCGAUGUCUGCAUCGACUCUGAUGACGCCUUGAUUUCGAACGCGAAUCUGAACCACGGCAUUGCUCUGACCGCCGACGGUAAAACCAUUCUCGUUUCUACUCCCAGCGAGGUAUACGCCUACGACUACGAUGCCUCCAAAGGCACUGUCGGCUCUCGCAGAACCGUCAUCACGGGGAUGAGUGCGACUUCUACUCAUUCUACCCGUACCCUGACGAUCCCUCUCGCUGGCAAUCCUAACCUGUUGCUCGUGGCUGGCGGAUCUGAUGGCAACUUAGAUGUUGAGACUGUUGACAAGGAUGUUGCGCGCAGUCAGGUGAGAGUAUUUAACAUUGAUGAACUGCUGGCAGCGGAUGCUCCUCUGGUGUAUGGUGAGGCGGAGGUACUUGGCUGGGGUCUUCGUAACAGUGUUGGCUGGGCAGAGGACCCAUCCACAGGAAAUAUCUGGUCCGUUGAAAACUCAGUCGAUAACCUUUACCGUGACGACGUCGAUGUUCAUAACACCAAUCCUGGUGAGGAACUCAACUUCCACGGUCUUCCCAACGACACCUCCAGCGCCCAGUAUGGUGCGAACUACGGAUAUCCCGGAUGCUUCUCCAUCUAUGACACCUCCAACGUCAAAGGCUUCCCCGGCGGGGCAAAGGUUGGCAAGCAAUUUGCUGGUACGCCACAGGGUGAGACAGAUCUGGGAUUCACAGAUGAGGAGUGCCAGGAGAAACAGGCCCCAAGAAUCACAUUCGGAUCGCACCUUGCGCCUCUCGACAUCAAGUUCCUUGACGGUAAUGCGGCAUAUAUUGCAUUCCAUGGAAGCUGGAACCGCAACCCUGGUGAUGGCCAUCGCCUCAGCAAGGUGGACUUUGCCAACGGUGAGCCGGUACCGGAGUCUGACGACCCUAAAGCUGAAGUGCCACUGAUGUGGAACACGGACAAUACUAAGUGUCCUUCAGGGUGUUUUAGACCGGCUGGUCUGGCAUUCGAUAAAUUUGGAAGGCUGUUCUUGACUAGUGACUCUACGGGAGAGCUGUAUGUUCUGAUAGGCGUAUAA